AUGAUGGGAAAGAUAUACUCACAAGCACAGAAGGUUCUGGUCUGGCUCGGUCGGUCAACUCCACUUAUCGCCGACCUUCUCCAUGACAUGCACAGCCUGAAGAUUGAUGAAAACCCCAAAUUGGUUUGGGAGACGAUCGAUGAUCAUGAGUGGGCGCGUAAGCGAUUAGGCCUGGAAGAGCUAUGCGGAAUCGAGUAUUGGGAGCGACUCUGGGUCGUGCAGGAGUACCUACUGGCAAAAAGUGUGGAUAUGUGGUGCGGCACGGAUUCAGUCGAUCCAGAAAAGAUCAAGUGGCUGGUGUAUAUGGUAUUCAUGAUUCCUUAUCUCGCGAGGAGUCCCGCCAUGCGACUAUUGCAGGCAAGAGAUGUGCGAAACGUACAUACCGAACAGCUCUCCCUCCAACGACAUCUCGAAGACUUCGGUAUAAGAAUGAAGUGUGCUGAUGUGCGAGAUCGCGUGUACGGACUGCUUGCGCUGAUCAGCGAGAAAGAGCGUGAAAAGCUUGAUAUCAGGCCAGAUUAG